GAAGAAGUACUUCUUAGGUCGCGUGUGUUUGACGUCAUCAAUCUUCACGUGUGGACCGUGGACUAUCACGACAUCUAGCUUGUUUAUGAACUGAUAUUGCACAUUUGUCUUCAUCUUCAGACAACGACUUACACACCAGGACAACCAUGACCUCCAGCUGUCGACGGCCUGAGCACUCAGCUCCUCCAGAUGUGUACUACAAUGAAGUCGAGGCAAAGAAAUACUCUCAGAACUCUCGAAUGAUUGAGAUCCAGACCCAGAUGUCAGAGAGAGCUGUAGAGCUUUUAAGCCUGCCGGAGGGACAGCCAUGUUUCCUGCUGGAUGUGGGGUGCGGCUCUGGUCUCAGUGGAGACUACCUGUCAGAGGAGGGACACUAUUGGGUUGGGGUCGACAUCAGCACCGCAAUGCUGGAUGUGGCACUGGACAGAGAAGUAGAGGGAGAUCUUUUGGUAGGGGACAUGGGCCACGGGAUGCCUUUCCGAGCCGGCACCUUCGACGGUUGCAUCAGUAUCUCUGCUCUGCAGUGGCUCUGUAAUGCCGACAAGAGGACACAUAGUCCUCCGAAAAGACUCUACACCUUCUUUAGUACUCUCUACUCUUCUCUGUCGAGAGGCUCACGUGCAGUUUUCCAGCUUUAUCCAGAGAACUCCGAACAGCUUGAGCUCAUCACCACGCAGGCCAUGAGGGCAGGCUUCGGUGGAGGCAUGGUGGUGGAUUACCCCAACAGCACCAAGGCUAAAAAGUUCUUCCUGUGUCUGUUUGCUGGAGUAACAGGAGCCCUUCCCAAAGGAUUGGGUUUAGAAACCUCAGACAGAGCUGUUUCAAACCAGGUCGAGUAUUCAGGACAAAGAUCCCGGUUCAAAAACAUGAAGGGUAAAUCGGUGAAGAAGGGACGAGAUUGGAUCUUUGAGAAGAAGGAGAGGAGGAGAAGACAGGGACGGGAGGUUCGAGCCGACACAAAAUACACUGGACGUCAGAGAAAAACUCAUUUCUAAGUGACUCAUGCAGCUGUGCCUUCAUUAGCUCUCGAACUGCAGAGCGUUUGGACUCAAAGCAUUUUAAUCCAAGUGAAAGAGAUGCAACAGUGAAAUGCCAUUCUAGCCAAUCCUUUUCCACAUUUGGUUGGGUGUUUGGCAGUUUGUUUCUCACUAAUAGUGGGAAGAUUGCCCUCUCCAUGUUGGCUGGAAGAUACCAAGAACAUGGACAGACAUCUGUACUGCUUCCAGUGGAGACAGAGUUGGCAUUGACGGCACCAACAAUGUCAAAGAAUUAAAAUACAAUUCUUUAUAAAUGAUCAAAUGCCACAUCUUUAUCUAUAUUUGAUCAGACGUUUAUUAAAAAUAUACAAACAGAGAUUUGUAAUUAUA